GGAAAGCGGGGCCAAGAUGGCGACAGUGAGGAAGGUGCUGCCGCGGCGACUGGUGGGCCUGGCGACCCUCCGGGCUGUCAGCACGUCGUCGCCUAUGGGCACGCUCCCCAAACAGGUGAAAAUCGUGGAAGUUGGUCCCCGAGAUGGACUGCAAAAUGAAAAGAACAUCGUCCCCACUGCCGUGAAAAUCAAGCUGAUAGACAUGCUGUCUGAAGCCGGACUCCCCGUCAUAGAAGCCACCAGUUUUGUGUCUCCCAAGUGGGUUCCCCAGAUGGCUGACCACACUGAAGUCUUAAAGGGCAUCCGGAAGUUUCCUGGCAGCAACUACCCAGUCCUGACCCCAAAUUUGAAAGGCUUUGAGUCAGCGGUGGCUGCCGGCGCCAGGGAGGUGAGCAUCUUCGGAGCCGCCUCAGAGCUCUUCACCAAGAAGAACGUCAACUGCUCCAUCGAUGAGAGUUUCCAGCGGUUUGAUGCCAUCAUGCAGGCGGCUCGGGCGGCCGGUAUCCCCGUGCGGGGGUAUGUGUCCUGUGCGCUGGGCUGCCCCUACGAAGGGAAGAUCUCCCCGGCUAAAGUGGCAGAGGUCUCCAAGAAGCUGUACUCCAUGGGCUGCUACGAGAUCUCCCUGGGGGACACCAUCGGGGUGGGCACCCCGGGAGCCAUGAAGGACAUGCUGUCUGCUGUCAUGCAGGAGGUGCCGCUGGCUGCCCUGGCUGUCCACUGCCACGACACCUAUGGCCAAGCCCUGGCCAACACCUUGAUGGCCCUACAGAUGGGGGUGAGUGUCGUGGACGCUUCUGUGGCCGGACUUGGAGGCUGUCCCUAUGCACAGGGGGCAUCGGGGAACUUGGCCACCGAGGACCUGGUCUACAUGCUGGCGGGCUUGGGCAUUCACACGGGUGUGAACCUCCAGAAGCUGCUGGAAGCUGGGGACUUUAUCUGUCAAGCCCUCAACAGAAAAACCGGCUCCAAAGUGGCUCAGGCUACCUGCAAACUCUGAGCCCCUGCGCACACGAAGCCCUGGGGACAAUACGGGACAGGGGCAGGCGUGGAUGACUUGCGGAUGGGGACGUGGCAAUGAGAAUGAAAUUAGGGGCGGGGCCUCCCAGCCACGCUGCAAGGUCUCAGCUGGCGGAAAGGAGGCGUAGGACCGAGGCACUGUGGCCCCGGGCCUCCCUGCAGCCCUGAGCGCCAGAGGCUGGGGCUGGCAGGCUCCCUUCCCUGGGCCCCAGCGGCGGCCCAGGAGGUGACUGCGGGCACUAGGGAACCCCAGCCCUCCACGGCACCCCUGGGGCCCCCUGGGGUCUGGAUUAUUAGGGCAAGGGGCACGUCAGACCCCCAGACAGACAGAGGGCAUUUGCUGAAAGGGGUGAGAGCUGAGCUUCCGCGGGGGCUUCUGCCAACUCCAGCAACUCUGGGAAAUCUCCACUUGGAAGAUGAUUUUUGAUAAUUAAAGCUUUAAUUUUCCAGAA